GUAAAACAGCGAGCCGUGGCUAAGGAAUAUUAGUGAUUUGGAGACGGUGGAAGUGACAACCAUUCAAACUAAUAGUCUAUUGUGAUUCGUUUGUUGCAUUUAGUCGUCGCAAGUACUUCGAGCCGAUCGUAACUCGCGACAAAAUUUACUGCAUUUAUUUUUACUCGACAACAUUUUUUUUUUCGUUGCUUCUCUAUCUCUUAAUACAAUAUUAUUUUUUCGUUCGUAAACAAAACACCGAUUUUUUCAAUUGAAAUUCCGGAGCGCAUAUUGUCGGAAGUAAAUUUUGAACAUUUUGUUUGGUGAACGCUUUUAAUUUUGUUUGAGUGAACUUUUAGUGGAUUUGAAUAAAGCCAAUCGAUAUGCAAUCGUCUUCACGUAAUUUGGACACAUUGUCCAAAAAUUCUACAUUCAACGGCUGCUUCAGCAAUUUUGUGAGUGGUUCGAAUUCCAUUUAUUCCGACACUUAUUUGCGAUCGAUUGAAGAGCCAGAAGAAUUUUGGGGAGCAAUUGCUGCACCGCCAAUGAUCCAUUGGGAUAAGCCAUUUGAAAAAGUGCUGGAUAAUAGCAAUCCACCGUUUACAAAAUGGUUUGUCGGUGGAUACUUGAACGCUUGUUACAAUUGUGUGGAUCGUCAUGUUCUUGCCGGAAAUGGUGAUAAAGUGGCCAUCAUUCAUGACAGCCCAACAACAAAUACCAUUCGCAAAGUUACCUACCAAGAACUCUACGACACGACUUCUCGCAUUGCUGGUGGUCUUCAAAAGUUGGGCGUUAAAAAAGGCGAUCGUGUAAUUAUCUACAUGCCCUUAAUCCCAGAGGCUGUAAUGGCAAUGUUGGCCACCGUUCGGAUUGGUGCCAUUCAUUCGGUUGUUUUCGGCGGUUUUGCUGCAAGUGAGCUAUGCACUAGAAUCGAACAUGCUGAACCAACGGUCAUAAUUGCUGCCAAUUGUGGAGUUGAGCCCAACAAAAUCAUUCGAUACCUGGACAUAUUGAACGAUGCAUUGACCAUGUCGGAAUGGAAACCAAUUUGUAGUGUGAUUUAUCAACGACAAAAUGUUAUGACUUCGCCGUUGAUAUCGAAGAAUGAUGUGCUGUGGGAAACUUUGUUGGCACACAGCGAACCAUGCGAAUGUGUUCCGGUCGAAGCAAAUGAUCCGCUGUACUUGUUGUACACGUCCGGAACGACGAGCAAACCAAAAGGUGUACAACGUCCAACCGGUGGACAUUUAGUCAAUCUGAUGUAUACAAUGAGCGCUAUUUAUGGCCUCAAACCAUCCGAUGUUUGGUGGGCGGCUUCUGAUUUAGGUUGGGUCGUUGGACACUCGUACAUUUGCUAUGGUCCACUUUUGUAUGGAGCAACAAGUGUUAUGUACGAGGGCAAACCCGAUCGAACACCUGACCCCGGUCAAUAUUUCCGCAUUAUUGAACAGCACAAGGUGUCCGCAUUGUUUUCAAUUCCAACGGCUUUUCGUGUCAUUCGACGUGUUGAUCCAGAUGUAAAAUUCGGAAAAGCGUACAACAUCGAUUCAUUGCGCACUAUUUUUGUAGCCGGCGAACACUGUGAUUUAGAGACGAAAAAUUGGAUUGGAAAAACAUUCCGUGUGCCCGUAUUGAAUCAUUGGUGGCAAACUGAGACUGGAUCUGCUAUCACAGCUAGCUGCUUGGGUUUCAAUCACAGUCCACAUCAACCAGCAUUUUCAACUGGUUUGCCAUUCGUUGGAUACAAAAUUGAUAUUUUACACCCGGAUGGUACUGAGGCGGCUCCCAAUGAGCUUGGACGCGUUGCUGUGAAACUGCCAUUGCCGCCAGGCAAUAUGUCAACACUAUACAAAAAUGAUGAGCUCUUUGACAAAACAUACUUUACGAAAUUCCCAGGCUACUACGAUACUAUGGACGCUGGAUAUAAAGAUGAGAAUGGCUAUGUGUUUAUCACCGCACGUGACGAUGACAUUAUAAAUGUAGCCGGUCAUCGAAUUUCAACAAUGGCCUUGGAAGAUGCAGUAUUGAGGCAUCCAGAUGUGGCUGAUGCUGCCGUUUUCGGUGUACCAGAACCAACAAAAGGCGAAGUUCCAUUGUGUUUGUAUAUUAUGAAAGAUUCAACCGACAAAACAUCGACCAAAAUUGGCGUUGAAUUGAUCAAGAUUAUUCGUGAGGUGAUUGGACCGAUUGCAUCAUUCCGAUUAGUGGCACCGAUAGUGGCAUUGCCACGAACUCGAUCUGGAAAAACUCUAAGGAAAGCCAUGGCUGACUUUGCCCGAAACAAACAAGUCAUUUUGCCUGGAACUAUCGAAGAUCAAUCGGUGUUCAAGGAUAUACGUAGGGCUUUGCAAGAAUUGGGCUAUGCUCAAACUGCACCAGAACCGCACACAGCUCGCAAAUAGUUUUUCCAAAGCAAUUCGAUUUAACAAAAAAAAUGAAGCAAAUUUUUCUAUAUUCUUAAGUGGAUUUUCAAUAAAAGGCUAGCCAAAAUAUACUAUCAGCGUACACAUCAAAAUCAGAUAAAUGUAAAAAAAACCAACAUGAAUUUUUUCACCGUUUCCAGCACUUUUAUUCGUGAUGCGUGUGUCAGAAAAAAACUAAAUUAAAAAAAAAACAAUCUCUUUUUCAUUCGAUGCGAUUGAGCUUAAGUUCGAUGUUGGACAAGGUCGUGGAAUAGAUGUUAAGUCAGACAAGAAAACAACACAACAACAACAACGAGAAUUGAUUCAGAAAAAAAUAUUAUUUAUUUCAAUAAUAAAAAUGAAAAGAAAGAGAAAAAAACAAGGCUUAUCGCUUGCAUGUAUGAACAAAUCAAUACCGAUUUUGUCAAAUAAACAUCAAAAUUCAAUUUUUUAUUCAUUCA